GGUUUCAUCCCACAAUUGACAAAAUCUUUCGCGGAGGCAACGGCUGGAUCUUCUGAGAUCACAACGACAUCAGGAUCGGGCACUGCAGUACAGCCCAGCGUGAUUCCGCAGAACAGCUUUAUCAUUUCCAGCGGUCCUGCGGAUAGCUCCAAUAACCAGAACUACAUCCUAAUCUCACCAAUAGGUACGGCCGCAGCCGCUGUAUCCUCUUCAAUAGCUGCACCGCUAGUCAGUUCACCCACUACUGCUGUAGUCCUUCCGAACACCACGGCCGCUGCCGCCGCUGCCGCCUCUCGCAACCUUCUCCUUCUCAAUGACACUGUCGCCGCGAAGUCAAAUGUAACUGCUGGAGGGGAAGUUAAAGAGGUGGCUGAGCAGCAGCAGCAGCAUCAUCACCACCAAGACGUUGUUUCAUCUUCUACCAGUGGCCUCCAAGAGUCUUCAUCAAUCCUUGACAGUGAGACCAAUCGUCCAACCCGACCUGCUUCCUCCGACUCUUCCCUAUUUGGUGGAACGCAACCAAUGGGUCGGAGGCGCUGUUCAGGUCUCUUCUCUCGCCCCGUUACUGUAGGGGAGUCGCUGACCACACAACUCAACCGGUUGGAACAGAAACGGGCAAGGAACCGCGACGCUGCUCGAAGAUGUCGGGAACGGAAGAUUCGCCUCAUCGAAACACUGGAAAAAAAGGUUUCACAGCUCUCCGAAACCAACAGACAACUAAAACGGGAGCUGGAGCAGACACAGGGGGAGGUAGAAGGUCUACGACAGUUGGUGGAACAGCACAUCAAACCCAGGAUGGGCGGCGGGUGUAGCCUGCCCCUCAAAGGAUGA